CACUUUUCUUCUGCUUCGCUCCCACCCUGCAAGUCAGCAUACAAUUUCCCAAUCAAAUGGAGGGAGGCAAACAGAGAUAAGAUAUAAAAAUCAUCAAACAGGUCAAAGCUUCCUCAACCCCUCAUAAGAAGGAGUUCAUAAUCUUAAGAAUAACAUACAGACAGAUAUUCCAAAGUCAAUCUCUGGUUACUGCCUGAAAAUGUUGUUUACGCUUGGACUUCUCCUCCUUCUCACACCAUUUGCUUCACUUCAAACCAGCACCAAUCAGAAGAGAAACUCUGCAGGAAAUGCCUUGACUAAAACCAAUGUUGCUUUCACCGUUCCAAAACAAAAAAACAGCAGUCUCGCCAAACUGACCGGUCGUCCCACCCUAAAUCCAAACAUCAAUCAAACAGUUUUACCCACCCCUCUCCCCAACCAAAAACCUCCAGUGAUCAACGCUACAGUAAACACCAGAGGUAAACCCAGACCAACCGUAAACUCGACCACUGUGACCCCAUCAGUGAAGACAUCCACAGCGAGUGGAACUGUAACCAAGAAAGACAAGCUCACAGUGUCAGUUAAUCAGACAAGUUUAGCUAAAUCCACAAGAGGCAAUGAAGUGAAGGUUAUAAAGGACAAUCCUGGACGCACUGAUACCUUCAAUGAUCAGUCAGGAUCCACAAGGUCAGCAUCAGUCAACGGUACGAAAACCACUCAAGACAAACUCCAACUUAAUGUCAAUCAGACUGCUUUUGAAAAAUCUCAUUCAGACAGCAAUGGGAAGAUUGCCAAAGUCAAGCCAGGCCCCACCGUAGUUCAAAAUGCUCAGUCAAUAUCCACAAAGUCAGCCAGCGGGACUAAAACCACCAGAAACAAGUUCUCAGCCUCUGUCAAUCAGACUGUUGUGAAAUCUCCCUCCACCGGAGAAAUGAAGAACACUAAAGAAAGGCCUGCCCCCACAGUCCAAAGUCCUCUCUCAACUUCAGCAAAGGCCUCUACAACCAGCGGUUCUGCAGCUGUCAAAGAGAAGACCAUGGUCCAUGAUAAUCAGACUGCAAGUGUCAAAGAUUUGAAGAAGGUUCCAACUGUCACAACUGCAAAGGUCGCUGCAACCAGUGCCCCAGCAAGUGUAAAACCUCGGAUCACAUCCACUGCUGAUCCUGCAGUUGUGGUCAAAUCUCCUUCUACCAGUGAUGUGAAGAAUUCCAAACUCACAGACCAGACCUCUGCGGACCAGGCAAAUGUAAACAAGGCUCCCAGCGAUACCAAAGUAAAGACUGCCCCUUCACAGCCAAUCAAGGUGGUUUUUGCUAAUGACUGUGAAUCAAGCAACACCAAAGAGCAUGAGAUGAGCCUAAAACCUGGUACUCCAUUGGUCAUGACACAUAAGAUCAGUUUGAUCCCCACUGGCUGUACUGGCGGUUGUGAGUCCGAGAUGGCUGAGUUGAAAGGACGCUUGGCCAGGUUGGAGAGAGAGAUGUCUUUGAUGAAGGACAAAUGUCCAUGUUCUGCAAAUUGUCCAAAUGAUUGUAGUGACAAUGGAGAAUGUCAGAAAGGAAAAUGCAUCUGCAAGGAAGGAUUCAUGGGCCCAGACUGCAGUACCUGUGCACGAGGAGCCGACUGCAAUAAAAGAGAAGCCAAAGGGAUGAUCAAGGUAAAAUUGGACACAGAGGUCCAGAAAGAGAAUAAAGAAAGAACCACUAUGAAGGAAAAUAUAGAGGACAGAACAAAAAUGGUAGCGCAGGUGCAACUGGAAACCAAGGACCAGAAAAAGGGGACUAAUGCCAAGGAGACUGACACGAAAUCAAAGUUGGCCACUACUGCAAAAUUAGGUCUUGCAAAUGCACAAAUAAAUGUGGAUGCUUCUGAGAAGAGAAUUACGAUAAAAGGUUCCACAAAGGCCACUGUCCCUACUGUUGGCCAGAUUUUGCUGAAGCAUGAUGGCAGAAAGCAAGAGGAGUCCCAAAAAGGCAAAACUAUGACAUCAGGUACAAAAAAGACAGACUUUAAAAUUAUCAAAGAAGGAACCGUGGUUAAAUCAUAUUCGAAAUCCGAUCAACUCAAAGAUGAACCUCACUCCAACAUAACCCAGAAUGGUGUCACUAAUUUAAACGGAACGGCGAAAUUAGGAAAGAUUCUUACCAGGAUUGUGGCAACAAACAAAACCUUGGCUGGAAAGGAGACCAAGGAGCAGUUCACAGUCGAAAGAAAGAAUUCAACUCAAUCAUCAGGGUCAAAGCAGAUUAAAAAUGUAAAAUUCCACUCUGUUGAUGAAAACACUGAAAAACAGACCAGUACUACAAAAGUGUCUACUGUUGAAGACAUAAACAUGGAUCCUACCAAAACCAGACAAGGGAGAUAUUCAGUAACGGAUGGUAAAACCGGACAUACGUCCACAUCUGUAGUCUCUGGUGAUGACAGAAAAUCAGAUGCGAGCAAGAAAACUUUGCAUUCUGUUGAUGGCAAAACUGGACAAGGCAGACAUAUUACAACCGAGCACUCUGCCGAUGCUAGUAAGACUGGAAGAGGGAGGGAUACCAUCAAAUUGCAUCCUGUUGUUGCCAAGACUGAUCAAGGCAGACAUGCUACGACUACCCAGGUGGUGGACAACAGAAACAUAGAUGCUAGUAAGCCUGGGAAAUUGAAAAUUAUUAAAACUUUGCACUCUAUUGAUGGCAAGACUGAACAAGGCAGAGCAACUACAACUGUCGUUCGUAAGACUGAACAAGGCAGACAUACUGUGCAUUUCGUUGAUGACAGAAAAACAGAUGCUAGCAAGACUGAAAAUGAGAGAGAUACUGGAGCAGAGCGUUCCGAUGAUGGCAAGACUGGGCAAAGCAGAGAUAUCAUGACCAGGCACUCUGCUGGUGACAAGACUGGACAAGGCAGUAGUGCGCACUCUACUGACAACAAAAACACAGAUGCUAUCAAAACUGGGCAAGGUAGGAGUACCAAUACAGCGGUCUCUGUAGAUGCCAAAACUGGAAAAGGAAAAGAUACUUCAACUGUACAUACUACUUCUAUUGAUACCACAGAUGCAAGCAAGAUAGGAAAAGGGAGUGUCACAGUGAAGAAUCAAUACAUCGUGGAUGCCUCGGUUGUAGCUACUUCAGAGAACAAAGCUCGAGUUUCCCAGAGCCAAACAACUACCCAUGGCGGCUCUAUGACGAGUGCCACAAAAACAGGAGGGUUGGGUUCUGUGAAGGUUGUAAACAUCUCUUCCCAUAGCUUCAUCAUCUCAUGGUCAGCACCACAAGGAAUGUUCAAGAACUUCACAGUGAUCAGAAGAGAACCACAAGCAGAAGGCGAUGAGGAGGACUUUCAAGAGUUUGAAGACGAAGCUUUUGGGGGAGAGAAUGUUCAGGCAGCAAAAAACAAAAUGGAGGUCCAGGUACACAAGGAGAGCACUUCCUCUUCAAGUAAAGUUGUAGCAUCAAGAAGUAAAACAGAAACCAAGAGGAUCAUGCUGGCGGUGCCUGGCAACGUGCGGUCUGUGGAGUUUAGUAAGCUUCGCACAAACACGCGCUAUGUCCUAUACGUAUAUGGAACUGCAGUGGACAGAAAAUCCAAGAUUCACAAAAUUAUUGCAACUACAGGUCCUGAGCCAGCCACAGAUAUGAUUUUUAGCAACAUAACAGAGACAUCAUUGAUGGUCUCCUGGUCCAAACCCAAGACAACAAUAACGGGCUACACAAUCACGUACACCCACAUUGUCACAGGUGAGACCCAUUCAGUAAAUCUGGACUCCCGACAGACUCAUGUGGUUCUUUCCAAGUUGUUUGCUGGAUCUUCCUAUAUAAUCACUGUCACCACAACACAAGGGAGAGUCCAGAGUGAUGCUCUUGUGUCCAUUAUCACAACAGUUCCCGCACCACCAACCCACCUCCGAGCUAUUAAUGUGACAGACACCAGAGCAGUGCUGCAAUGGACUCCCAGUUUGGGCAAGGUAGACCGUUUCAUCAUCAGCUACGAAUCCUCCAAGACUCCUAAUGUAACCGUGACGGUGAUGGUGUCAGGAAACUCAGUGGAGCACCAGCUGAGAGGCCUGCAGAGAGGCACCGUGUACACCAUCAAAGUCCUGAGCCAGAAGGACAGUCUUCAGAGUGCAGCCAUUACAACUAGUUUCACUACUGCAAAUGUGGUCAAAGCCAGCGAAGUGGGUGCACGUUCUGCUUUGAUUGUUUGGAGAAGUUCUACUGUGGUUUAUCACAGCUACAGACUGAUCUACCAAGUGGUUGGAGAGGAGGCAAUGGAGUUAAUUCUGGAGCCCACCAUCACGGAGUAUAAACUGACAGGGCUAUUACCGAUGUCACGCUAUAACGUUCUGGUAGAAGGCGAGAGAGAUGGACAUUACACGUCAAUUGUUACCACGGAAUUCAUCACAGGGAAGCUGCGUUUCUCCUAUCCGACUGAAUGCUCUCAAGAGUUGCUGAAUGGAGCUCUUCAGUCUGGGGAGGUAGACAUCUACCCCCAGGGGAAAGAUGGCCAGGUCCUGAGAGUCUACUGCGACAUGGAGACUGAUGGAGGCGGUUGGACGGUGUUCCAAAGAAGAAUGAGUGGAAAAACUGAUUUCUACAGGACCUGGAGUGAAUACAGAACCGGUUUUGGAAACCUUAGUGAAGAGUUCUGGCUCGGAAAUGAGAUUCUCCACAACUUGACCAGCAUUGGUCCUGUGAGCUUGAGGGUAGACCUGCGAUCCGGAAAUGAAACGGCUUAUUCUCACUACGCUAACUUUUCCAUCGCUUCUGAGGAGAAUCAUUUUGCCCUCACUGUGUCUGGAUACACAGGAACAGCAGGUGACUCUAUGAAGUACCACAAUGAUCGUCCGUUCUCAACCCGGGAUAAGGACCCUGACUCAUUGGGCAUCCACUGUUCCCGGGCCUAUAUGGGAGGCUGGUGGUAUAAAAACUGCUACAAAACCAACCUCAAUGGCCUUUACGGCAUCAACACAAAUAAUCAGGGAGUGGUGUGGAUAGACUGGAAAGGCAAAGACUCCUCCAUCCCCUUUACUGAGAUGAAAUUUAGACCAUCCAGGUUCUCUCCUGCAACACAUGGCUAAGGGUGAUCAAGCUCCCAAGACGAACUCCAGAUGAAGGAGUCUCAUAGUUGUGCAUCACUUUUCAACAGUUUGCUUUCUGAGUGUUUCACUUUACCGGAAUCUUAUCUUUAUUGAUCUGUUGACAUUUCCAUUUUUUUUUUUGUCCGGCCCAUCCAGUUCAACAGGGUGGCAUUUGACUCAUCUCACUACUACUGUAAAUAUGCACUGUUUCAUUCAGUUGAAAUAAAUGUGGGUUUGGUUAUACAUUAAAAACAUACCGUUACGGGAAAAUAAA